ACGGAAGGUGGGGCGGGGCGGAGUUCCCACAGUCGGUGUGUUGGAGAGGUGGUGCAGUGCUGCUCUUGGUGCAGUGCCAUUCCUGGUGCAGUGCCGCCCCUGGUGCAGUGCCGCCCCUGGUGCAGUGCCGCCCCUGGUGCAGUGCCGCCCCUGGUGCAGUGCCGCCCCCUGGUGCAGUGCCUCCAUUGUUUGAGUGCGUACCUAUCUGCAGCGUCGUCAGGGUGAAAGCAUCAGCAGUUGUCAUAAAGCCGUUGGAGAGCCGCCUCGUGACCCCAGUAGUGACCUCAAGGGCCAGGGUGUGACCCCCAGGUGACGUGACCCUAUCUGGCGGGCGCCGGCUGCCACAUUCUUCCACACCUGACAUUCUCAGCCACACUUGCCACAAUCUUCAAACUCACCAACUGGGUCAUAGCUCCGCCGUGAGGUCAAGGGGCAAAACACAAACUAGAAGGUGGGCAGAGUCACCGGAAGUCACCAGGGGGGUCAGGGCAGCAAGGGGUCAGACGAGCGAGGGCGUGACCCCAGGAUGAUGGUGUGGUAGUGGUGGUGGUGGUGGAGAGUGACCUCGUCCGACUCCUGCAAGGAUCCUCUAGUCUUCAGUCGCCACAUUUCAGGACGAUAAUGCCGCAGAGACCUCGUCGAAGACAAAUGAUUAUUGUGGACGACCGCGAUCCUGAUGGAGAGCUGCCGCCCCCCUUCCCCCCCAGGAACAUCCAGGUCAAGGAAGAUGUGGACAUGCGCAAGUUCUUCGAUCUCAAGAAAGAGAUAGGAAGGGGAAGGUUCGGGACAGUCUACCUGGCGGAAGACAAGGCCACAGGCCAGAAGUUCGCGGCAAAGUUCGUCAACACUAAAAGAAACCAGGACCGGGCCAACGCCGUGAGAGAAGUAGCCAUCAUGAAGUCCCUAAACUCGGAGAGUCCCCAUCCCAGGCUCAUACAGCUCUAUGAUGCUUACGACAUGACCAAGGAAAUGUGCCUUGUCCUCGAGAUAGUGGAUGGUGGGGAACUGUUCGAACGAGUGAUCGACGACGACUUCGUCUUAUCGGAAAGGGCGUGCACCGUGUUCAUCCGUCAGAUCUGCGAAGGGGUCGAAUUUAUUCACUCCAAAAACAUCCUACAUUUGGAUAUGAAGCCAGAGAACAUCCUGUGCUUGUCGCGGGAGGGCAACAGGAUUAAGAUAUGCGACUUCGGCUUGGCCCGCCGCUAUGACCCGCGCAAGAAGCUUCAAGUCCUCUUUGGCACGCCAGAGUUUGUCGCCCCGGAGGUUGUCAACUUCGAGCCCAUCAGCUUCGGCACGGACAUGUGGAGCGUCGGCGUCAUCUGCUACGUUUUGCUCUCAGGCUUGUCACCGUUCAUGGGUCACAACUACGUGGAGACGAUGACCAAUGUGACCCGUAACAAGUACGACUUCGAGGACGAGGCUUUCCUCAGCGUGUCUGAGGACGCCAAAGACUUCAUCCAGAAACUGCUGGUGCUGGAUAAAAGUUUGCGCCUAACUCCUGCUCAGUGUCUGCGCCACGACUGGCUGAGGAAGCCGCCCAACUCUACCCUGCGCCGCAGCUGCCGAGAGUCAGAGUCUGAGUCUGAGUCGGAGUCUGAAUCUGAGUCAGAGUCGGAGUCGGAGACCGAUGUCUCAUUCACGGAGGAGAAGAUUGCAAAAGAGGAAAAGGAAAAUGAGAAGGAGAGGAAAAGGAAAGAGGAUGAGCUCAUAAAACAGGUUGAAGCCAAGAGAAAGGAACUAGAGAAACAAAUGGAAGAAAAGAAAAGAGAAUUGGAGAAACAAAUGGAAGAAAAGAAAAGAGAAUUGGAUAAACAAAUGAAAGAAAAGCAAAGAGAAUUGGAGAAAAAGACCGAAGCUAUAAAACGAGAAGAGGAGCUGGAGCGAACGAAGGCACAGCUGAAGGAAUUCGUGGAGAGGUGGAACUCCCACCCAAACUCUCCGUACCUGGUGGGGACGCCCAUUACUCUGGACCUGCAACGACUGGUUAGGACAGGCGGCUGGAACUCCAGAGCAUCCUUCGCCUCCAUGGUUGUCGAGCCCCCGUCAGAAGCUGACCUCUCACGCAUGGAGGAAGAUGUUUUUGCCUUUAACGACCUCGAAGACGCAACCAAUCAUGAGGCUUUGAUUAACGACAUCGGCGGCCAAGAGGAGUUCACAGUGUACGCCAUAGAGCCCCCAGCGCCUCUAGUCAAGCAGCCCUCGCCAGAGGAAGUGGCUAAAGAACUGGAGGCAAAACUGACGCAGCUGCAGCUGGAAGACACAGCCAUACCUAACAACGAUACAAGUACAGUUGCAGGUCGUCCCCAUCACCCUGCAACACACUCGACUCAUAAUAAAGUUGAUCACUGGAAAGAAGGAACAAACGAGACUGCCAGAAGACAGAGUGAAAAACCAGAAAGUACGAAAGACAAUGAAAGUGGACUGAAUGAUCCAGCUAUUAGGACUAAAGAUAAAAUUAAUAGAUAUAACGAAGAACAAGCAAAAGAAAAAGAAAUCUUGAAUAAAAAGAAAGAGGAGCAGAUGAGGAGCAACGAAAUUCUUGCAAACAAAGAGAAAGAGUCGCAAAGAAAGGGUACCGAGGGACAUCACAAAAUGGAUGAAGAGCAGAUAGAAAAGCACAAGAGAGCAUACGAGGAGCGAAAGAGAAUGAAGAACACACACUCAGAUCAGAACAAGGAGAACAAGGAGACUGGCACCAGCAAUCAGGAUCAGGACCGGCAGGAAAAACCGAAGGUAAACGAGAGGAAAGCGUCGAGAGGCUCACGAUCUAAUGUGUCGGAGGAGCCGAUGGAGGCCGAGAAGAUUAUCAACGAUAUACUGAAAGUGGACCACAAGAGCGCCUAUGAGGAGUAUAAGAAAAUGAUGAGUGAGGCACAAGUCAAGAAGGAAGAACAAAAGGUAAGUGAACAAUUGAAAGAGAAAGGUAGAAAUGAAGUCCCUGGACAUCUACCAGACAAGACACAAAAGAUGACUACAAAGAAGCGAGACGAUGCUCUCAACAGAGAAAGCAAAGAACACAAGAUAACUUCUAACAAUACGAAUAACAAAUGGGAAGAUAAAAACAAAGAACACAAGGUAACCCCCAACAGCAUAAACAAGUGGGAACAGGAAAGUAAGUUUGAAGUAGAGAAGGCGGAUAUUACAUGUAGAAGAAAGAACUCGGAGGAGAGAGCCACAUAUAAGCAAAACAGUGGCAACAAGAGAAUAAACGGCAUCAAGAUAGAGAUCAAUGAAGAGAAGCAGAGUGAAGAAGAGAAGAAGAAAAAGCAAGAGGCAGAGCUGGCUGAACACAAAAGGCUAUAUGAAGAAUACAAGAAGAUGGUACAACAAGGUCAAAAUAAAAAGGAAGAGAAAAUUGCUGUCAAAGUUAGUCAAUCUGGUGACGAGCAAAGGGUUUCUGGUGGCGAGACUGUCAGCGGAACGUGGAGCAACACCACACAGGUAAACAAAGAACUUCACAGAAAACCGGAGACUCGAACUAUGAAUAUUUGCAGUAAAACCGAUCAAUUAACGAAAGAGCCACUGAAAAGACCUGAAAUAAUUGCAUUACAGAAUGAAGAACUAGGUGGAGUAAUUCCAAGGCAGAGAAAGAAGUCCUUGUCGCGCUUAGAACAGACUGGUGAAACUAAAUCCACUGAGGAGCGGGAACACAGUCCCAGAGGAUCCAGAGGUUCAACGCCAACAAAGCAACUCAAGAAACAACCCUCCAGAGAUGUGCCUUUUCAAGCAAAGAACCUGGAGAAGGAAGAUUAUGGAGAGUCACCAGUUCUUCACGUGUCCUUGCGAGUUGGCACUUUGCCCUCUGUCACCAAUGAUAACGACAGUUUAUAUGGCGGUGAAAGACAGAACUCCAUGCCAGGGAGUCCCACACGCGUGAGUCGCAGAACUUCACGUGACGAGCGGCCGCCCUCCCGAGAGUCUGACAGAGGUACCCGAGGAGGAACUCCUGUUAGCGCCAGCCACCGGCGGCCUUCCCGAGAUGUUCCCCUCAGUCAUACUCAGAUAGAGCGACUGGCUGCAGCCAGUGGCGUGUGUAUCUCUGACCCUUCCUUGCCUCAGGCACAAGCUUGGCCUGACAUUAUCGUUGCGCCUCAGGGCGAAGACACUGAAGAUUUGCCCGACUAUAAAGAUUCCUUAGAUGUUCCGGUUGCAACUUUAAUGAAGAGUCCGAGUGGGACAUUGUUAUCUGUCCCAGGGGUGACCGUCUCUCAGGCAGAAAGGCAGGCUGUGAACACCUCACCACCACCCAGUCCCAAUCAUGAAACACAUGACGACACUAUAACCAAAGACGAAGAAGCUUAUGUACCAAACAAUAAACUCGUCGCCUGGAUCUUGGACAUUGGCACUAAACAAGUUCAACCUACCCCAUCCGUUAGUACCACUGAGCGUGUGAACCAGUGGGAGUCUAGAGAUACCUCUCCCAGGCUAACACCUUCUCCUUCCAGAGACCGAUCUCCAAGGCCCAGAGACAUAUCUCCAAGGCCCAGAGACAUAUCUCCACGGCCCAGAGACAGAUCUCCAUUGCCAACUGGGAAAAUGAGAGAUAAAUCCCCUUCGCUAGCGAAGCCCCUCCCACCGUUUGAACCGCUAUCACGAGAAGCGUCUUUGGAUAACCUUUGUAUCCAAACACCUUGGGGAACCCUGAAACGUUCUCCGUCCAAAAUUAACUUGUCAAAGUCUCCCUCUUUUGAGGCUCCUUCUACAAAAGUAGGAGAAACGACAGUCAAUGGACUCAGUAGCACAGAAUUUUCAUCAGAAAAAUCUGAUGAGAGCGUAUGUACCAGCUGUUCGACGAGGUCUCCCUCUCCAAGAACAUCGGUAUCACGACUACAGAGGCAGUCGGCUGUGGAGACGACAGACGCUACCAACUCUCAAUCUAGUUUACGGGUUAGUGGGGAAAUACCUCCCAAACCUCCAGAGAGCAAGAAAGAAACAUACAAAGCUGAGAACGAAGAUAAUUCUAUUAGAACUGUAGCCAACCACGACGACUAUAAAAGUCACACUUUGCCUAGAACAUCGAAACUUAUGAAGCAAAGAUCAUCAGACAGCUUAAACUUGUAUUCCAGUGAUAGAAAAAGGGAUGUAAAGAAGCCUCCGCCUAUUGACAUUAAGAAAAUCGAGGAGGAGAGCAACAGUCUGAGUCUCAAGAGAAAAAGUAAGUUUCCCCUUUCUCCAAACCAAAAAAAGAAAAUAGGUCCCAUGUUGUUUUCUGCUCAAGAUCGGAUAUUCCAGUUCGAGCAGAAGCCGGCCUCCGACCGGCCGCCACAGCGACCUCUCACCAGAACCAGAAGUAAUGUCGUCCUGGCACUUUGCUCCGAGAAGGUUACAAACGACAUCAACAAGAAUGGCUUGAGAGGGUCCCAAGUAAGUGACAAGACUCAGGUUGGGUUCAUGAGGACGAGGCUCCUGGACAAGGUGGGCAGGGGUGCAGCCACACUGCCUGAGGAACCCGCCCAGGGUGAAGAACCCGUCGGUAAGAUUACUGUUGACAACAGAAGGAACAGUGCAGGUACCACCAGACCAUCCCUCCUCCGCUAAUACCCCCCCCCCCCUUACAUUCUACAGUAUGCAUGAAUAUUCCACGUCCAACGCUUCUAAAUAGGUUUACGUGAAUACAUGUGCUGUGUGGCAGGCUGUGCCGCCACUCAUUGGGAUCUGGGGUAAGUUGGAGAGCAGUGCGUCUCCUCCUGCACCCACGUUCAACCAUCACCCUUAUACAGUGUCCACAUCGAACCUUCACCAUGCUUCAAAUCACACCAUUAUUUAUACACGAAUUUUGAUAUAAAAUUAACUAAUAUUUAUUUAUCUUAAAACAAAAUUCAAUUAGCUACACUGCGUAUGUUGAAUGUCAUUUUAAAACUGAAUUAAUUGACCAUAAAUUGUAUAUAUGUUGUAAUCUUAAGCUUGAUCAAGUUUCAAGCGGACACAUUGUAUUAUCACAAUAUCCGUUAUCAUAAGGACACUGUACGUGUUUUUAACCACGAAAUGUCAUAAAGAUUACCUGAUUAUUUGCCAAAGUAUUAGUUUUUUCACCAAAUGUAUUUUCUAUAUAUAUAUAUAUAUAUAUGAUUUCUGAUGACUUAUUAUAUUUUAGCACUCCUCAUCUCGGCCAGCUGUGACCAGAAAUAUUAUACUUUGACGAAUAAUGUUUGCCAGGACAGCUUUUUGAUGGAAGAAUGUUUCAGUAUUGCUUCAUAAGCAUGUUCCUUGGCUUUCUUUUUUUUGCAUUAUUGUAAAUAAAUGAAAGCUACAUAAA